AUGAAAUCUGCACCGCAACCAGCGACUAUCCAUGAUGUGGACGAGGACGACAAUAUCAUCUUGCAUAGCAAAAGAUCAGCAAUCCGAGUGAUGAAGGGGACAUCAAAGUCGCCUCCCAGAAGCCACAGCAGGAUCAACUCGAGGACGCCGCAGAAAUGCAUUUUUGGCAAGUCUGUCUGCAGAGGCCCUAUUGGAAAGAUGGUGAAGGAAUACAGUCUUAAUCUGAAUCAUCCCCUCACAAUAUUCACCCGAAGCCAGGAUCAAAGCCGUGAGCGCAACGAGAUUCCGGGGUACCGUUUCAGGAAAGUAUUCUUUACUGACGAGACAGAAAUUCUUAACCCGGAUGCGACUUACGACAGGGGCCGGUACGUUAGAUUGACUGCUUUCAUUCCCGAGAGAGAGAAAACCCACCCCGACCCCAGGAUCUAUGUGGAACAGCGGGUUUACCAGGACAACCGGGAGAUGAUUAUGGUCCACGAAUUGAUUUUCGGUGGCGCGAUCCAAGUUGGGACUGAGUACGUAUUCCCAGCAUGUGGUGACGAAGACAUCCACCUGGGGAAACGCGACCUGAGGCUUACCAUUCAAUCUAUUAAGCUGCAGCAGGAUACCUUCGACAACUACAUGCAUCGCGCAAAAUAUUACGGCUACGACCGCAAAGAUCAUGUUUUCGUCAGCCAGUACUCACUGUCUAAUGGGUUAAUCUACACCAUACGAAGGCUCGGCAGUGGUGAAGAGUCUCCAUACAAGGUCUUUCUUGAAGCUGCUGAUCUUCAGACCCUCGUUGACGCAAAGUGCAAGAUGCGACAUGCUAUUGAUGCUGUACCGGGCGAAGGGAUUGAACUACUUAAACUGCGUUUCCCGGGAUAUGGAGAAUAUACUGAAGACAAAAUGGAUAUCGGUGAUCUCGAUCUUCGGAUUCUUUAUAAGCCUUGA